AUGAAGCUUUUCCAAACUUCUAUCCGAUUCUUAGGACAUGAUUUACACCAAGGAAGUCAGAAACCUAUCUGUAGAGCCAUAGAAUUCUCUACCAAAUUUCCUGAUGAAAUUACUGAUAAAACGCAGCUCCAGAGGUUCCUAGGAAGCCUAAAUUAUGUUGCUGAUUUUAUUCGUAACAUUAGACAGGUCUGUGAGCCUCUUUUCCAGUGCCUUAAGAAAAACCCGGUUCCUUGGGGUCUUGAGCAAACAAAGGCAAUCGUCAAGAUUAAGUCUUUAGUAAAAAACCUCCCUUGUCUAGGUAUCCCCAAUCCCGAUGCCUUCAUGAUUGUUGAAACAGAUGCUUCGGAUAUAGGAUAUGGAGGUAUCCUGAAGCAAAAGGUAGAUGAAAAAUCCUCGGAACAAUUAGUUCGUUUCACCUCAGGCGUAUGGAAUCCAGCCCAGAGGAAUUACAGCACUGUCAAGAAAGAAGUUUUAUCUAUAGUGCUAU